AUGACUUUCUCAAAUGUAAAUUCUAAAAUACGGAAAUUCCUCGUAGGCGCUUUACUUUUAAAUCCGAUACAAAUAGUAUAUUCUGCUCCAGCUCGUUCAAGAAGAAUUAUAAUUUUAAUAUUGAUCUUAUGUGGUUGUUGGAGUUGUUAUCGUAUAAAGAAACGAUCUGAAGAAGAGGGAGGAUGGUAUAAUAAUACCUUUCAUAGCUCGGAAA